AUGGUUCGUGUUGCGAUUAUUGGAUAUGGACAUUUAGGUAAGUCUCGUUAGGUAUAAAAUCAGAAUUAUAAAAUAAGAGUUCAGGAAAAUUUUUGAUUGAAAAACUAAGAUUGGAGCCUGAUUUCGAAAUUGUGAAGAUUUGGAAUCGCACAAAAUCUGAAGAAAAUGAAGAAGUCCAAACUCUAGACACUAUUAAUGCUUCAAAUCUGAGCAACAUUGAUUUGGUAAUCGAAGUUGCACAUCCAAAAAUAAUCCAUGAUUACGGUCAACUGAUUCUCGAAAAUUGUGAUCUAUUCGUGAGUUAAGAAGUUCACCAACAAAAUUUUGAAAUAUAAUCUUCAGAUUGGAUCUCCAACUUGUUUAGCCGAUCAAAAGCUUUUUGAUAAUUUAAAAUCUGUCGGAACAAAAUUUAACCGAAAAAUUCUGGUGCCAUCUGGAGCAUUUUGGGGUGCUAACGAUAUUCAAAAAAUGGCCGAAGUUGGAACAUUGAAAAACUUAACAGUUACAAUGAUAAAACAUCCAAGUUCAUUCAAACUUGGCUCACCGCUUUUCGAAAAGAACGAAGAAGCGAAAUUGAAGAAAGAGGAAGCUACAGUACUUUAUGAAGGUAAUUUUUAAAAAGAAUAAAUGUUGUUGUAGACUAAAAAUAUUCAACUAAGGAUCUGUUCGAGGAUUGUGUCCAUUGGCUCCAAAUAAUGUAAACACAAUGGCAGGCGGAGCAAUCGCUGCAUCAAAUUUGGGAUUCGAUGGAGUUACGGCAAAAUUAAUUUCUGAUCCGAAGUAAGUAUUUUCCUUAGAAUUUACAAAUUUCAUUUUGAAUUUUAGAAUGACUGAUUGGCAUGUGGUCGAAGUAUUAGCUGAAGGUCCAGAUGGUUUUCAAGUUCUAACAACUCGCAAAAAUCCAGCAAAACCUGGAGCUGUUACAGGUCAAUUGACCUAUUUUUCAUUUUUAUCUUCGAUUAAAGGUAUUUGA